GGUUAAAAAAUAAUUAUUCCACGAAUAAAUGUACAUACAAAUCAAUAACAAUCUUUACUGUUAACAUAAUAGUGUAUAGAGCAGCGAGGUAUCAUAAACAAAACCUACUAUAUCGAUAGAGUAAAGCCUUACGCAAUUACUCAUACCUGUGGUUGAUUGGAAAUCUCGUACAUACCAUAUGUAUGUCAUCGAAUAACCAGUCUCUUAUGCAGUCACGACGAACCUCGACGGUUGAAACCGGGCGCACCGAACAGUCGAUCUUGAGGUCUCGAGCUGCGCGCGCGCAACCACGUCCGAACUUUUAUAAAAUCUGUUGCAACAUUAUCGCAUCUCUCACUCGGUUGACAACAAUCCGCGACGACGGACGAUAGGUACCAACGAUGGCUAAAGAAGAUUUUUUGAAGGCCAUCCUCUAUUGUGUGAACAUUGUGUUCGGAGUGUUCGGUCUAGUGUCAGCUGCGACAGGGAUCUGGUUCUUUGUGCAGUUAGCUGAGUUUGUGAGGUUAAGGAACACCAACCAUUAUUUGCUGGACUAUAGAGUGUACUGGCCUCAGGUGGCGCCAUGGCUCUUCAUUCUAUUGGGCCUGUUCAUAAUAACAGUGGCCUUCUGUGGAUGGUGUGGUGCUAACAGGGAAAGCAGAGGACUCCUCGGACUUUACGGGAUUUUCUUAACCCUUAUCAUCGUCGGACAACUCAUCGCAGCUACUUUAAUUUUCGUAUUCGUCGACGGUGAAGACACAGACAGAUUCAUUAAGGAUACAGUUUACGAUGGUUACUACAAUUCCCAAUCGAACCCGGACGUUUUUAAAGCUUUUGGAUGGAUCGAAAGGAAACUCAAGUGCUGCGGUGCUAACGACGCGAGAGAUUACAGAAGUUGGAGAAAUGACCUGCCUUUGACCUGCUGUUUGGAUAGCUACUACAGAGCAACCUGCGAUUUCACAGAUAAGGAAGCCAAUGAGAGAUUAGGAUGUGCUAAAGUUGCAUCAGUGUACACUAAGAUUAUAAGUUCAUCAAUUGCCGGCGCAUCGUUGAUUAUUGCUAUUGUCGAAAUAACAGGCGUUAUUAUCGCGUGGAAACUGUUUCAUUCAAUGCGGGAAGUUGAACAUUAUAUAACAGAAAGAAAGGAGGGUGAGACGGAAUGUUAGGUGUUGAGUGAGUCAGUAUUAAAUUACCGCCGAAUAGUAUAUAUCUGUCGAUGUAAACGUCACAAUAUUCAAGUAGUUUCACGCCAUAUUUACGCUCCGAGACGAAACGAACUCCGAUUUGGUUCGAACUUUUCUUUCACUCGCCAGCGAAAGUUUUCCUGUACAUCUUUCACGGUGUUUUAUUGCAUUUGCUUUAUAUAGGGAAUAAAGUUCGUUUCCUUGCGGCAAAGGAAUACAGAAAUCUUUAUUUCGCACCAAUCUCAACUGUGUAUCUGAUUAGUUUAAGUUUAUUUUAUACAUUCCAUUGGAAUUGUCCGUCGUUCACUCGGAACUUGUUUAAUUACGUAAUGCAAUUUCUAUUUUAAUUCGUCAUUCUUUGGAGUCAGUUUCGGCCACGCCUUAGGUCAAAUGUUGAGGCAGAUUCGAGCGUAUGGGCUCAAUCAGUUGUUUCCUUCUUAAGUACAUGAUUCAUAAUAGGUACCUUCAUUGACUCAUGUAUAAUAAAACUCAAUUGUACCUAAGACUCCGUGGAUCUGACUGACCUCGCCCCCCCACCAAGUGUCACAUCGUGACACACAUUUAUAGUAAUUUAAGUAUCGUGUAGCUUCGACUGCAGAUUUUGUAAGACUAUGCUAAUGUGAGCUGUAUUAUAAUACAGCCAUGGAAGAGAUUUGUCAAUGGUAUGCCAGAAGGUCGUUUAUGAGACAAAAUUGACCUCAUUUCAGUGUGUUUUGUUUCUUGUUAGUGAGGUAGUACUAAUGAUAGUAUACUGUUUUGGAAGACUCGAUUGUGAAGUGAAGUCUUGACAUUUAAAAUCUGUUUAUUUUGACACGAAUGGUAUGUUAUUAUGUAAAAUUUUACGCAA